CCAUUUUUCCUCUCUUUCUUUCUUAGCUUAAUUUGUUAAGACAACAAUGGCAGCUGAAGCAGGCAAGAAUGAAGUGAAAAUCACAAACAAAACCCAUGUCAAGCCCAACAAGAAGCUUGGGAGAAGAGAAUGUCAAUUGGUCACCUUUGAUCUUCCCUAUAUAGCCUUCUACUACAACCAGAAGUUGCUGCUCUACAAAGGUCAUAAUGGUAUUGACUUUGAUGGCAUGGUUGGUAAAUUGAAGGAGGGGUUAGGGGUAGUCUUGGAGGAAUUCAAUCAGCUUGCUGGGAAGCUUGAGAAAGAUGAAGAUGGAGUUUUUAAGGUUGUCUAUGAUGAUGACAUGGACGGUGUGGAGGUGAUUGAGGCAUCUGCUGUGGAUGUCAGCGUGGACGAUCUAACGGUUGAGGAGGGCACAAGUGAUUUGAAGGACUUGAUUCCUUACAAUAAGAUACUGAAUUUGGAGGGGCUUCAGAGGCCUUUAUUGGCUGUGCAGUUGACGAAGCUGAAAGACGGACUCGCGAUGGGCUUGGCGUUCAACCACGCGAUCCUGGAUGGGACGUCUACGUGGCACUUCAUGAGCUCAUGGGCCCAAAUCUGCAACGGAUCACCGACGAUCGCUGAGCCACCGUUCCUGGAGCGCACCAAGGUCCGCAACACGCGCGUGAAGCUCAACCUCUCUCCACCGACUAACCCAAUUGAUGGAUCCAACAGCGAAGCCAAGGUGGCCGUGGCCCCACCACUUCGAGAGAGGGUCUUCAAGUUCUCCGAUGCAGCCAUCACCAAGAUCAAGUCAAAUGUCAACGCAAGCCUUCCAUCGGACGGUUCAAAACCAUUCUCCACUUUUCAGUCACUCUCCGCUCAUAUCUGGCGCCACGUAACCCAAACCCGCGAACUGAAACCCGAAGACUACACAGUAUUCACCGUCUUCGCUGACUGCCGGAAACGAGUGGAUCCCCCGAUGCCGGAGUCUUACUUCGGAAACCUCAUUCAGGCUGUGUUCACCGUCACAGCAGCCGGGAUGCUUCUGGCGAACCCGUCGGGUUUCGGUGCGUCCAUGAUACAAAAGGCCAUUGAAGCACACAAUGCGAAAGCCAUCGAUGAGCGUAACAAAGAGUGGGAAAAAGCGCCGAAGAUCUUUGAGUACAAGGACGCGGGAGUGAAUUGUGUGGCGGUGGGGAGCUCGCCGAGGUUUAAGGUUUACGGCGUGGAUUUCGGGUUCGGGGAGCCGGAGAUAGUGCGGAGCGGGUCGAAUAAUAGGUUUGAUGGGAUGGUGUAUUUGUAUCAAGGGAAGAAGGGAGGUAUUGAUGUGGAGAUUAGCCUGCCACCUGAUGUUAUGGAGAGGUUGGAGAAGGACAGGGAGUUUCUUCUGAUGGAGGAUUAGGAGAUGGAGAAAAUGUCAGGUUUGGUUAUGGUUUUCUGCAAGCCAAUUUCUAAUAGAACCUGAAAGUUUGAAUUUUUGUUGUUUUUGUGGAUGUAAUAAUUACCGCACUCAAUCGUAUGAUAUUAAGCUCGUCAGAAGAAUGAUAUUAUGCAAGCUUGCUAAA